AUGAAUCCUGUUGAUGUUGGUCCUGUGGUUGUGAAAGAGGAGUUUCCUGGAGAAGGGGUGGUUGCUCCACAACCGCUUGAGGGACUUCAUGAAAGUGGUCCUCCACCAUUCCUCACAAAGACUUAUGAAAUCGUUGAUGAUGUUUCCACUGAUGAGAUAGUUUCAUGGAGCAGAGGAAACAACAGCUUCGUUGUGUGGGAUCCUCAGGCUUUUUCCAUCACUCUUCUCCCGAGAUACUUCAAACACAACAACUUCUCCAGUUUUGUCAGACAACUUAACACCUAUGGGUUUAGAAAGGUGGAUCCUGAUAAAUGGGAGUUUGCUAAUGAAGGGUUUCUUAGAGGACAAAGGCAUCUAUUGAAGAACAUAAGGAGGAGGAAGAUCAAUCAUCAACCUCAGCCACCACAACAAUCUCUGAACCCUUGUGUUGAAUUAGGGAGGUUUGGAUUAGAUGGAGAAGUUGAUGAGUUGAGACGUGACAAGCAAGUUCUGAUGGUGGAGCUAGUGAAGCUUAGACAACAACAGCAGAACACAAGAAACCACCUUCAAGAAAUGGAAAGUAGGCUCGAAAAGACUGAGCAGAAACAGCAACAGAUGAUGAAGUUCUUGGCAAGGGCAAUGCAGAACCCCAACUUCUUGCAACGAUUGGUUCAACAAAGGGAGUGGAGGGAGGAGUUGGAGGAAGUUCUUUCCAACAAGAAAAGAAGACCUAUUGAUCAAGGGCCUAGUGAUGCUGAAGAAUACUCAGGUUUGGUUAAACUUGAACAGGAGGAGUACAAAUACAAUGAGAUACCAGAGUUUGACGUUUCUGACAUGGAGCUUGUUAUGAACAUGGGGGAACAAAUUGGAAGCCAAAAGAACACUUGUAAUGAGGGGAAGAAUGGAGGUGAACUUGAAAGUGGAAAUGACAUUGAGGAAGUACUCUGGAAAGAACUUCUAAAUGAGGGUGUUGAAGAAGAUCUACUAGCACUGGAGGAUGAUGAUGACGACGACGAUGAAGAUAUAAAUGUGUUGGCUGAUCAGGAACUUGGUUAUUUAGCCUCAAAUCCUAAAUAA